AUGUUCAAAAAUACGUUUCAAAGUGGCUUUCUUUCGAUACUCUAUAGUAUUGGCAGUAAACCGUUACAAAUCUGGGAUAAAAAAGUACGUAAUGGACAUAUCAAACGAAUAACAGAUAAUGAAAUUCAAUCACUUGUGUUAGAAAUCGUUGGUACAAAUGUUAGUACAACAUAUGUAACAUGUCCAGCUGAUCCUAAAAAAACACUUGGAAUUAAAUUACCAUUUCUUGUUAUGAUAAUUAAAAAUUUAAAAAAAUAUUUUACAUUCGAAGUACAAGUACUUGAUGAUCGAAAUGUUCGUCGUCGUUUUCGUGCUAGUAAUUAUCAAUCAACAACACGUGUAAAACCAUUUAUUUGUACAAUGCCUAUGCGUUUGGAUGAUGGAUGGAAUCAAAUUCAAUUUAAUUUAUCUGAUUUUACACGACGUGCUUAUGGUACUAAUUAUAUUGAAACACUCAGAGUUCAAAUUCAUGCUAAUUGUCGAAUUCGACGUGUUUACUUUUCUGAUCGACUCUAUUCGGAAGAUGAAUUACCACCGGAAUUUAAAUUAUAUUUACCGGUUCAAAAGAAAUGA